CCCAGGAUGGGAAUGAGAAAGCCACCACUCUCAGUCACAGCAGAGAGCAGACCCUCUUUUCGAGGCCCGAGAGGCUGCUGCGACCGACGUAGGCCGCCCCCUCUAUGAGCGGCGUGGUGACGUCACCUUCCCCCCCCCCCCCAUUUCAAGGCUACGCGGGGGGGGCUCUUCUUUUCCGAAGCAGCCAGGAAGUGGCGGCGGCGUGGGCAGAGCCAGCCCUUUGCCGCGCUUGCUUUCUCUCUCUCUCGAGGGGGGCGUUCUCCGGGGGUCCCGAGGUCGAGGCUGGGAUGGUGCUGGCGUUCGGGGCCGGCAUUGUGAGCAGGCGAAAGCAGCAGCAGCCAAGGAGCAGCCAUGGAGAUGCUGCUGCAGUUGCAGCCCUUGGGAUGUACCAAAUUGUGUCAGCAGAAAUCUCUGGAUAUGAAAGAUGAUAAUACUGAAAAGCAUUGUCCCGUUACCGUGAACCCUUGGCACAUGAAGAAAGCUUUCAAAGUGAUGAAUGAAUUAAGAAGUCAAAAUUUGCUGUGUGAUGUGACGAUAGUAGCUGAAGACAUGGAAAUUGCCGCACACAGAGUUGUGUUAGCAGCUUGUAGCCCUUACUUCCAUGCCAUGUUUACAGGUGAGAUGAGUGAGAGUCAAGCAAAGAGAAUUCGAAUAAAGGAAGUUGAUGGCUGGACGCUUAAGAUGCUCAUAGAAUAUGUUUACACUGGGGAAAUUCAGGUGACAGAGGAAAAUGUACAGGUGCUUCUCCCAGCAGCUAGUUUGUUGCAGUUGCAGGAUGUAAAGAAGAGCUGCUGUGAGUUUUUGGAAACACAACUUCAUCCUGUCAAUUGCUUGGGCAUUCGUGCUUUCGCUGACAUGCAUGCUUGCAUAGAACUUCUGAACAAGGCCAACAUAUAUGCAGAACAGCACUUUACAGAGGUUGCACUUAGUGAGGAGUUUCUGAACUUGGGUGUAGAACAAGUGUGCAGCUUAAUAUCCAGUGACAAGCUAACAAUAACAUCCGAGGAAAAGGUAUUUGAAGCAGUGAUAGCUUGGGUUAACAAUGACAAAGAUGUGAGACAAGAGCUCAUGGCUCGCUUGAUGGAACAUGUUCGCCUGCCAUUGCUCUCCCGAGAGUAUUUGGUUCAGAGAGUCGAAGAGGAGGCACUUGUUAAAAAUAGCAGUGCGUGUAAGGAUUACCUCAUUGAAGCGAUGAAGUAUCAUUUGUUGCCACUUGAACAAAGAGCUUUAAUGAAAACUGCACGAACAAGAUUGAGAACACCUGCCUGUCUUCCAAAAGUAAGAGUCAUAGUUGGCUUGUGUUGCUUUAUAUUUUGUGAGGAAAUGUUAAAGUAUGUUGAACAGAGGGAAUAAAUGAAUGGAAUUGUGUGGUCUUUUAAUUCAUUACUGACAAUUCGAUCGCUUCAGAACAGUGUAAAAGGAUAACAUAAAAUGAUUAAAUCAGAUAGAGGAUCUUUGUUAUCUUGUUGCGCACAAAUUGUUUUAUUGAAUAAGUCAGUUUAGAUGUACAAUGUAGAACAGCCACAUAGUUAUUUCUGGCUUUUCUAAUUUCAGAUUCAUAAGUAGAGUUUUGUGGACUAAAACCUAAUUUUAAUUAUAGCCCACCUUUCUCCCCCCAAAAAUUCUCAACAUGCCUCAGGUGACCGUCAGAUGUCCAUUGAAUGAGCCUCAAGCUUUUAGUGACAUACUACAUAGGCAUUUGUUGCCAUACAGAUAACAAACACAGAUGGUCAGGGAGAUCAAGUAACAGGAAAUCUUUUAAUAAGAGUAGAUUCACUAAAUCAAAUGGUGAUUUGCCAAAUGUUGUGUGAAAUGGCUGUACUCUGAUUGGGACUGACCAUGGAUUUUAGGUCCAUGAUAUACUAGAUAAUAGCAAAAUGAGGUGAUUGGUGUAGUGGGAGGACAUCUCAGUUCUUUAUGAAUCUGUGAUGAUGUGAAAUCCAGUUUCCAGAGAAUCUCUUAAGACGCCUCAAAGGAAAAUAUGAAGUUUUUUUUUUCUGUAGGAAACUACAGAUUAUUAUUAUUAACCUUUAUUUAUGAACCGCUGUAAAUUUACACAGCGCUGUACAUGCAAUCUUUUUAGUUAGGCGGAUC